AUGUUGCUCACGCCCGCAACCUUGCGUACGCCCGCAUUGAGUGGCACCCCGCCGGAACCACAUGUGCCCACGACUCCAAAGAGACACGGAAAGCGUAAGCGGGGUAGUGUCACUUUGGGUUUGGGGAGCCCAGUGUCGCCGAUCGGGUCUGAACUCAGCGGCAUCGACAAUGCUCUCGCACCUUCCCGCGAUGCGACCCCACCGCCCCGCUGGCACAAGUCCAAGUGUGGAGAGCGGAAGAGCAUGUUGAGCAAGGAAUACAUCGACGACUCGGAGGAGGAGGAAGGCGCGCUGUCAAGUCCCCCUAGGCAGGUCCUGGAGAGCGAGGAUGACGACGUAGCGGCGGAGGAUGACGACGUAGCGGCGGAUGAGGAUAAUGGCUCUGAGGCCGGGUCCGAAGAAGAGCUUCCUCUCUAUCCUUCCACUGAUCCCAUCAAUGUUCCAACCUCUGAACCCAUCAAGCUUCCUCCCAGGACCAUGACGCCCCACGCAUCCGAGGAUGAGGGCGGCUCAGACGACGACGAGGUCUAUUCAGAGGACGAACUGCCCGCCUACCCACCCACAGAGCCCAUCAAGGCCCCACCCAGCACGAUGCCUCUCGUCGCCAUGUCCCAGCUCUCUGACAUGCCGGACAUGCCGCAGACAAAGCGGAAGCGAAACCGCAAGAUAACCGACACAGAGUAUGAGAUCUUCCUCCGCCAGCAGGUCACCUCGAAGGCGGAUGCGCAAGGGUUGCUGGCCUCACGCUGGCUGAGUCCAGAGGACAUUCGGCGCCUAGAGGCAACUGGGCUGAUCGCUGUCAGGCGCGGCAAGUUCCUCGAAGCCGAGAAGCGGGCGAUGCGUGAACACCUCACCACCUUCCAAGCCGUCCACAAAGUGCCCGAUCAGGACCUCGUUGACCUCAUCAUGUCCAAGGGCCGGUUUGUGGAACGCAGCCCCUUUCCGACCUUCUGGUUCGACCUCGCUGCCAAAGUUCCUGGUCGACCAGUGAAGAGCGUUGUCGAAGCCACGAAGAGGAUGUACGACCCGCGUGCGCGUAAGGGCCUAUGGCUGCCCAGCGAAGACAAGGCGCUUCUACAGGCGCAGGACUUGUUCCCGAACUCAUGGACACGGAUCUCGGAGGCCGUCGACCGGUCCGAACACGACUGCCGAGACCGCUGGCGCGAGUUGCGGGACGCACGUACGCGUGCUAUCGGCCGGUGGUCAGCAGAAGAGGAGGCUGCAUUACGAAAGGCAGUGGCGGCGGCGUGUACGGCGGCGGGGCGCGAUCCCGUUGACGGCGUGCCGUGGGACGACGUUGUCGAGCGGAUGGGCCGGAAGCGAACGGCGAUGCAGUGUCGCCAGAAAUGGAAAGGCCGGCUGGUAGGAGGAACGUACACUCAGCCUGGGCCAUAUAAUGUUCGCCUUGACCGGCGACGAAUGCUCCGCCGCCUGCGUGAGAUGGAAUACGAGCAUGAGGGGGAUAUAAAGUGGACAGACGUGACGCGGGGGUGGGCCGUGCGCCCCGCCCUACUGAAGAACACAUGGAGUCUUCUUCGCCGGCGAAUGGGGACCGAGCGUGAUCUGAUGCCGAUGAACGUCCUGUUGGACAGGAUCGAGGCGGGCUUGGACGCAAUCGACGCGGCUGUCGGAGAGUCUGGAUCGUCACGUAGCGCCACAAAGCGCACUGACAGACCCAGCCGCGCCAAGCGGAUGAAAACCAAGGCGGAGAGCUAG